AUGACAACAAUUGGUGGCGUGGGCAUGGACAGAAAUGGGCCCCGAAGACGGCAUCUCUCGAUACCUGAGCCUAUACGGAUUGAGGCACCGUCCGACGACCAAAGUCCUUAUUCUAUCUCGACGCCUUCGCCUCGCUCAAGACUUCCGCCUCCGAACCCUCCUUUUGUCUUUCCUGCCCGGCAUUCGGUAUCUUCAGCACCAUCCUCGCUUUCUCGAGCAAGUGGUCAGCGUCCGAAAUCUGUCGUGGGUCUGCAGAAUGAGCAGAUGAGUACGGGCAGCCUUGGUGCAUCGAGCGCCCGCCCGCGACGUUCACCUGCAUUACCAGCUUUCAGUUUCAACCCUGGUGCCAGUCUAGCUGCCGAGGAUGCCGAUGACGACUCAUCACAAAAACCGCUUCCUCUCCCAGAGUUCAGCUUUAAUCCUGGUGCUUCCAUUGAUUCAUCAUUUGCCAUGAUGAGCCCACCGCGCUCACCUGCAUCACCACAUCUGGCUCCGAAUCGCGGCAGUCAUAGACGAGGUGGCAGCGAAUUCGUGGGUGGAAAACUCAGAGAAGGCGACACCAUCACAGUAAUGAACAAUGGCAGCCCUACUAGGUCCGAGAACGGUUUCGCGUCCCCUGCCCUGCAACCUGUUGACGCCACCGCACGAAGGGGUAGGCACCAGCAUCGUCGGUCUGCCGCUAUUUCGAGCCACGAUCUAUCUAUGAUACUGAAGCCGCCAACCAGCCCGCUUCCCUCGCGAGGUAACAGCGCUCCAACCAGUCCGGCCGACUUUGACAACAAAAUGAAGCCGCCGUUCGCUGGACCAGAAGAGAGUACGCCAACAGAGUCGCCACAACUAGUGGCCACUACAGAGCCGUCAGUGGAUGCAAUCGAAACACCCAUUGACGCCAACAAUAGCACAGAAUCAAGCCCAAGUCCGAAACCUGCACGGGCAAAGGUUGGAUUUUCGGAUACACUCGAGUACAUUCCCAGACCACUCUCCAUGGUUUCGACCGAUACCUCCAGUACGAUUACCGGCCAUCCUGGCCAUUCUGUAUCUAAUAGCAUCUCUUCCAUCAUUUCCCUCGGAAACUCAACCAUAGCGGACCGGGAGCGCCCUGGUGUCCUUUCCCCUUCGCUACCAAUGAAACAAAGUGAACACCGGCCAAGCACUGCAGGUCCUGUGCUCGAACGCACCCCUAGCCUGCUUACUUCAUUCCCAUUCGAUGACAAUCAGUCGUCACCUCGCAGACGAAACUCGAUCCCACUGCUGCCUAUCAUCACCAUGGAAGAGCCUUCGUCACCAACACCUUCAAGCCCCACAAAGAUACCGAAACGCUGGUCUUUCUUUGGACUGGAUCCUUUUGCUUCUAGCUCACCAGGAAAACAGCGACCUCUCAGUUCGAGUUCCUUUGAAAUAGGGCCGAAGACGAUUGAUGCUCGUAGCGGAGCAGAGAGCGAGAUGAAUUUUGAUGAUGAAAGUGAGGCACAUUCUCCGACCAAAAAAUCAUCGGGCAAAAAGAAGAAGAAGCAGAAGAAGGUCAAGUCUUGGGCCGGCUCUCUGUUGCCUCGCAAACCCAAGUCCCGGUCUGGAAAGGCAAAGUCCGACUCCUCACGCGCACCGACUCCGCCUCCUUCGAGCGAGCAGUUGAGUGCUGCCAUGUAUGAGGAUGGACUGGACAUUACCGGGCCGUUCACAGCACCCAUGGUCAUGGUCACUCAGCCCGCCGACUCUUCACUGCGAGUGCCCUCGCCAAAUAAGCCUCGACGAAAGUCUGAGGAUGAUGCGUCGUAUCCCAUGAUUGACCUGGACGCUGCCCUUGGCCCGUUUAACACACCCUCGGGCCGCGAUCCGGCUUGGGAUGCUGCUCAGAGAAAAGGUGCUCCACCAAAACGACAAUUACACAGCGCAGCAGGAAUGCGAGGCUUCUCGGGUCCUGGUAUGCAUUAUCAUCGCCGAGCUGAGAGCGCCCCGGAGAUGCCUCCCUUCGAAGGCAAAUUUGGCAUCCACAGGUUUGGCAGUUCUUCCACCAUGGCUGAUGUUUUUGAGGAAGAGGAAGAGGAUGAUGACGAGGACUCCGGUACGGAUACUCCAUCACAAGCAUCUACUCCAGGAGCCAGCACCACAUCUGGAGCCCAAUUCGAAGCACGAUCAACCAGUGACGGAUCCGCCACUACGCCAACUCAGGAAAUAGAUUUUGCCAGGAAGGGCUCGACAGGGUCGAUUCCGGCGGCACCGUCGAUCAAGCGAAAGGGCAGCGGAUCAAGCUUGGAAUUGCAACCCCCCGGGUCGAGAGUCCGCACUGAGGCUUCAAUCAGCUCCCUACACGAUGAGGUCAUCGCUGAGGAAUUCCCCGUGCAGCAUACUGCAGUCGACCAAGAACGAAUUUACGAACCAUAUCACGAAUCAGAUUCUGUUGCGCCAUCACCACGCAGGGUCUUUCCAGGCAAGGACCUGGCUCCAGUUGAAAUUCACCCAAUCAGCCUCCCUGGACCUAUGGCAGGCAUGAGUCCGUACUCAAUGAGCCACUCUUCUUCAUUUCCCUCGCCACGCUCGCCAAUGUCGUGCGAUGCUCAUCGUGUUUCGACUGCGCCAUCGUCUGUGACGGAGGAAACCAACUUUCAGAGUCUACUUAUGGGUGAACCAGGCCCAGAGGUUGUCCGCAUUUCUGUCGACGUUCCUUCAUUGACAGAUAGUACAUCAACGAUGACACGCGAAAGUAACUUUCCCGGAGUGCAGAGUAACUUUCCCGGUGUGAGACCACGCAAUAGGCCAUUUCACGAACAACGGCCCGCUUCAUUCACGGCGUCCGCCUUUGGGCGUCGAAGAUCCAGUCUGGCCAGUCUCAGUCGUUUGAUCAGUACAUCACAUGGCGAGCGAAGCAAGCUGAGCAUGGAGGUUCCCCUCGACGAACCUGAAAAGAAAACCAAAGUCAGCAUAGCCAAGAGGCUCAGCCGAAUGGUCAACUUCCGGAGGCCAAAGGAGUCGCCAGCAUCUUAG